AUGGAUCCUACCUGUGUGAUGUGUAAUCAAUGCUUUCAAAACAGUAUUCAUAAAGAUCAUCGUUAUCGGAUGCAUACCUCAGCAGGAGGCGCAGGAUGUUGCGAUUGUGGUGAUGCCGAAGCUUGGAAAUCCGGAUAUGCAUGCGAUUUUCAUCUAGCAAAUGAUGUUGAGGCAGCUCCGGUGCAAUUACCGCUUGACGUGGAAAGAAGAUGUUCAAUAGUAUUUGAUGCUGUCCUUAGAUAUGCUAUUACGGUGCUAUUGUAUGAUGGUCCGGAUGAUAUGCCUGCCGAAUUAUUUCAAAUGUCAUUGCCACCGCUAUAUGUUACUACAUUAUAUAACGAUGAAGUCCAUACAUAUCAAGAGGUCAUAAGACAGUUACAAUUGGCCAUUAGUUGUACUGAACUGCAAGCGUCUCAGAUUGCUGGCAUAGUUGAUCGAACGGGUAGAGCGAGAAUAGGAGUUGGCGAUGCUAUUGAAUGCAACAGAAUUCGAAGGAUUAUACAAAAGCGCAAUUCAGAAUUGCCUCAUAUACCGAUAAGAGGAGCUAAACCGCUUGUAAUCAAGAUAUUACAUACGACUCUAUUUGAACAUCAAGAAUUGGCUAUCAACCUGCUUAAUUGGCUGAAUGAUUUUACAUCUUCAUCUAGUGCUUUGAUUUUAUUAUUCGGUAAAAUUGCUAUGGACUCUAAUAGUCAUUUUGAUAAAAGCUACUUAGAAAUACUAUUACAUUCUGAUACACAGCUUUGGAAGGGAAGUUCUGAUCUCAAACAUCAAUUUAGUGUAUUAUACGUAAAGGAGUAUGCUAAAAUCCAGAAAGAUUUCAUAGAGGACGAUCAUCUUCAUUCAGUAUCGAUCACAUCGAUGUCGGUUCAGCUAUUUACUUCUAAUUCAUUGUCGCGCUACUUAGUGAUAGAACAUGAUUGCUUGGCUAAAAUUUUAUCGACGUUUUGCAAUGCAAUUAAACCUAGUAUAAAUCCCGUUGCCGCAAGAGAUGGAAGACUAGCCCAACUUCGAAUUCACGAACUAUCCAGAUUAGAAUAUAUGAUAAUAGACGUAAAAUAUAUCUUAAGUCAAGUACCUGAUGCAGAGUCAUGGACUGAUGACUUAAAACAUGCAUUUUUACGUGGUUUUGAUGAAUAUCUCAAGUUGUUAUCCAUACUUGAGGGCAUGGAAAGUUCCAAACGUGUUUCUGGCCGUCAUAUUGAAUAUGAACCCAAUUGGGAAUUUUCUGUCCGAAUUUAUAUAACUUUAUGCAUUAUUGCACCUUUAAUAUUACAGUGGUGUACCAGCAAUAGGGAAGAAAUACUUCCAAUUCUGUUAAUGGAGCAUUCCGUAAGAGCUUUAGUAUUAGCAGCCCAGGUUGCUUCCUCUAUGUGGAAAUUUAAUGGUUAUUACAUUGUUAAUCAGGUUCAUCAUUACAAAGUUGGCAAAUGUCGCUCUCAAGCCUAUGAUAAAGAUAUACUUAUGCUUCAGAUCGUCGGUUCUAUAGUAGAUCCGGAUUGGUUCCUUGCUUGCCUUUUGCAGAAAUUUAAGUUAUUAGAUUGGGUGGAUAUUCAAGGUGGCUCUCGCAUUGACAACUUGAAAGAGGAUAUUUGGGUUGCUAGAUCAUCUUUAGCCAGAGAAUUUUUAUUAUUAUUAAUUGCGGUUAUAGGUGAGAGAUAUCAUGUAGGCAUUGGAGACGUCACUCCUGCAGAUACCGUAAGACACGAAAUACUACAUUAUCUCUAUGUCAGUCCAAAAGCUCACAGUGAAAUUACCAAAUUUUUAUCAACGUCUCAAGAGGAUUGCGCAGAAGUUGACAUUGAUGAAGUAUUAUCUACUAUAGCCAACUAUAGAAAACCUGGAUUAACUGGUAGAGGGGUAUACGAAUUAAAACCAGAAUAUUAUGAAGAAUAUAACCCUUUCUUCUAUCAUUACUCUGUUUCGGAUCAUUCUAAGGCAGAGGAAAGACGAAAAAGAAUUAAAACGGAAAGCGAUAAUCGCAAUCAAUCGCCGCCAUCUUUACCGAAACUUACAAAACCUUUCUAUAGCUUGAAUAGAAUUCUUCAAUCCUCUCUCUUACGUAGAAUGCUACUAACAAUAUUAACUCGUUGUUGUGAGGAUUCACAGAAGAAUUGGAUCGAUCCUCUAUUACAUCCCACUCUAUUCUUGAUAGCUAUGAAUUUUGGAGAAAUAGAAAGUGCUUAUCGAGAAGGAUUUAUUAACUUAAAUUCGGAAUUAAGCCUUCUUUCAGAGAUCAUAUCGAAAAUAGAUAUAUUAAAGAAUGAAACGUCAGCAAGCGAUUUUUCAAAGUUAAUAAAUUGGAUUAUAUCGACUUAUCGAAAGUUGGUAUCUUUCACUGCUGGUUCUAAUUCAGUUACUAAUGUAACUAGUGAGACUACUGGAAAAAAUAGAUUUGAAGAAGCAAAAAGAGCAAGAGCACGGUUAGCUGCGCAACAGCGAAAUAAAAUCAUGGCACAGAUGUCUGCUAUGCAAAAAAAUUUCCUAACACGAAAUGCUGAUAUCCUGAGUACUUUACAAACUGACUCUCUCACCGAUCCUGAAUCUAGUGAGACAUUAAUGGAAAUGAACGAAACUGAUGAAGUUAUUGCUGUUGGUGCCUCUCGUUCAUGUUUCCAUAUCGGCGCGCCUGAGACGAUAUCCUGUAUUCUCUGCCAAGAAGAUGAACAAAUAAAAUUAAGUGAUCGUCCUAUGGUUUUGACGGGAUUAUCGCAUAGGUCGGUAGUUUUAUCUCAACUCGGUUCAGAAAAUGAUACUAAAUUAGAAUUUAAACCUCUGUGGACGGAUACAGCAAUAGCUAUCGGCGUACAUACUGGCUCGUGUGCGCACGCUAUGCAUUCUAGCUGUUGGCAAAAUUAUUUUGUUGCAACAGUUGACAGGCAGCAAAUUAGGAGAUUUAACGCAAGAGCUCCACCUAGUAUCAAUGUUACUAAAGGCGAAUAUUUAUGCCCGUUAUGCGAGGGCUUAUGCAAUUGUGCCAUACCUAUUUUACCUCCCUUACCCUACUUCAUCAAUAAUGACAACAUGAAGGAAUAUCCGAAAUGGCUUGAAGAUCUCCGUGUACAUACGAUAAAUGAGCUGCAAAAUAUUAGAGGACAUACAGGAUCAAAUGCAGCGAUGAUAGAUUCGUCAAUAUCCUUAUUUACUCCGCUGGACCUUCUAAAUCGAAAAUCUUCUCCGGAAUUAAAUCAGUUAAGGUACGAAUUACCGGAAGCUGCUAUCGAGGCAAUUAAGGCAUUCUCUCAAUCAGUUUAUACCUCUGGCUUGCUUGCUAAACCAUGUGCCGAUAAUGAACGUAUACUUUAUGCGCUAUGGAGUUCAUGUGCUUAUUGCAUUGGUGUCGCAGUAAACUUUUUAUCAUUUAGAUCAAAAUCUGUAGAAGAAGGACUCACCACUAGACAGGUAAAUUUAAUCUUUUCGCUGCAAGCAUUGAGUGAUAGCCCUGGAAUAGUUGCUUUUGGUACAGAUCCUGUUAUGCAUCACUACUGUUUAAAAAUUGCAUUUAUGCUAAAAAUUACUCAAUCUCUGUUAGCGAUAACUGACAUUGAUGUUUCUUCAGAAAAUGACGAGAGCAGUGACGAUGACUCAUCAUUUUUAGUACAAUAUUGGCAAUUCUUACAGAUGCAUACUGGUAAAGGAGCGAUCUCCUUUCCAUAUUCAGCUUCGAUUACCUUAUGCAGAAAAGUCAAAGAAGUAUGCUUACCAUUUCUUCGCAUGGCCUCAUUAUUUUUUCAUCUAAUAACUUCAGUACCAGUACCAAAAUUUGAUCUCGAUGCUGCUCAAGAAUAUAGUCAUCUGCUAAAGUAUCUCGAUCUUCCGGCAAAAUUAUCAACGCUACUUGACUUAUCUAACUCUGAAAUAUCAGGACUUGUCAUAAGAGAAUUAUCUCCAUGUUCUACGUUAAUCAAUUUACCUCGCAAUUACGGAGAACUAAUCUGUGGGACAGCCAAUUAUAGAUGUAGCAACUCCAAAGCAAGUUUGAAUUCAUCUCCUGCAAUGUGUUUAAUUUGUGGCAAACUUGUAUGUGCACAAAAUUACUGCUGCCAAGGGACUCUUGGAGAUGACAAGGUUGGGUCGAUUACUAGCCAUAUUUAUGAAUGCGGCGCCGGAGUUGGAAUAUUGUUGUUUGUGAGGGAAUGUCGCAUCAUUCUGAGAUUUGGCCAACGUAGGGGCUGUUUUUACUCACCGCCUUAUUUAGAUGAGCAUGGCGAAACUGAUGAAGGAUUAAGGCAGAUUGUUAAAGUACCGAUUGUAUUUCUGUAUACUGCUUGCAAUAGUACACAAGCUAUGAUUAUGGAAAUUAUAGAAUUGCUUUUCCACAAAGAUCCAGUGGGUUAA